AAUAUUGCAAAAAUAAAUAUUUACUUCUGAGCAGUCGUAACUUCCGUUCUUCUUACUAGCUGACUUUUAAUACCAGCACAUGUCAGAGGUAACUUCUAUAUUUAUCUUCCACACACACCUUUACUGUUAAUCAGCAUGGCAGAAAUAAUUGCUGAAGUGUUCCCAGUAGAAUCUGGACAGCAAAUUCUUGUUUUAACCAAGGGAGACAAUACCUAUUUUACUGGCUUGCCGGACCUUCUAAAAGCAACAACAGGUGUUGCUGGUAAAGUGCUAACACGGGAUUUGGAUAAAUUAAGUGAAUACGUUGGAACAAAAUUUGACUCUGCUGUGUUUGGUAUGAUUUUAUCAAAAGACUUUAAAUUUGAACUAGAACAAUUGGCCAGCGUGUGCCAGGUGCUAAAACCGACAUCUCAGCUUCAUAUAUUCAAAAUCUCAUCACCAGAAUCCACACAGACCAAGGAUCAACUUAUAUCUUCUUUAAAAUUAUCAGGAUUUGUGAAGGUCACUGAGCUCCCAGAGGUCAAACUCUCUGAUUCUAAUGUAGAUUCCAUCAAGGCGUUUUGUGAUUUGCCAGCUGAAAGCUCUAUAGUCCAUCUGUCUGCAGCAAAACCUAGCUAUGCUAUUGGUUCCACAACCAAGCUUAAUUUGAGUCAAAAACUCAAGACAACUGAACCUGCGGCUGAUACUGCUAAAAUCUGGUCCCUCUCUGCUAAUGACUUGGAUGAUGACGACCUCUUGGACUCUGAUACCCUCCUGAAUGAAGAUGAUCUGAUAAAACCUAAUCCAAGUUCCUUGAAAGCUGACUGUGGUGGAAGCAGGAAAAAGAAACGGGCUUGCAAAAAUUGUACAUGUGGCCUGGCAGAAGAGCUAGAAGGAGAAAACAGACCAACUAUGCCAAAAUCUGCUUGUGGCAAUUGCUACCUCGGUGAUGCCUUCCGCUGUUCUGGGUGUCCCUAUCUUGGAAUGCCAGCUUUUAAACCUGGAGAAAAAGUGUCAUUAGCCCUUUGAUGUCAAUAAUUUUUGUUCCAUUUUUCUCUUUUCUUUUUUAAUUUUUGUUUUCUAGUGGUUGAAGAUUCUCUAACUUUGCUACUUGAAUUCUGAUAAUGUUUGCAGCAGUUUCACCAUUAUUCAGAAUAAAACUAAAAAUCAUCACUUUCAUUAGCAAGAGUGUUACAUUUGUAGUGAUACUGUUUUGAGACAAAAAAAAUAACCAUCCACCAUCCUAACUUUGGAAUCAUGGGACCACUCCAAAAAUUUCUAAUAAAAUUAGCUUUAUUCUUUGA